AUGGAUCCCACUAUUCACACUGUUGCUUCGUCUGAAAUGAUCCCUACUCCAUCGAUCGCGGCCGAUCCUAGUGCCUCGGUAGCAGCGGAAUCACCUAUGGAGGUCAUUGCUCGUCUAGAGCGACAAAUUGGCACGCUGAAUCUCCUGGUAGCUCAAUACCAAGCUGCUUCUCCGAAUCAACCAUCUGAUGCUCGCGAAAGGGGGCCCACGCCACCUGUAUAUCCUACUUCGAGUGAGUUUCAUCAAGGAGAUCACUUUGCCACCUUUCAACAAACUCAAAGUGCCUCACUCACUAAUUCAACUCAGGAUACUCCCCUUGUAUACACAUUUGCUCCCCCAAAAGCUCCAACGGUAACACAUCACACUCCGCCAGUGUACACUUAUGUCACUGCUCCACCCGUUACCAAGACUCCAGAGUUUCAUCGCCCAGAUGUUAAUCACUAUAUUGAAAUUGAGGGGGACGGAAAAUCAAUUGAUGCUAAAAUGAUGAAUAAGAAGAUGAAAAGUUUGGAUGAUGCUAUGAGAGGUCUUCGUGGGUUCGAUAGUAGCCAGAGUGUUAGAUACGAAGAACUGUGCACAUUUCCUGAGGUUGAGUUGCCACCUGGUUACAAGAUUCCAAAGUUUGAGAAGUUUAGUGGAUCAGGAAAUCCAUUCUUUCACUUGAAAAUUUACUGCGAAAAGUUGAUUGGCGUUGGAAACAACGAAGGAAUAAGAAUCAAGUUGUUCAACCAAAGCCUAACUGGAAAAGCAUUGGAGUGGUACUCUAAGCAAGAUGUGACCAAAUGGCGUACAUGGGAUGAUCUGGCGAAUGCUUUUGUGGAUCACUACAAGUUUCAUGUUGAAAUUGCUCCAGAUAGAAUUUCUAUUACCAAGCUGAAACCCAAGUCGACUGAAUGCUUUCGAGAAUAUGCCAUUCGUUGGAGAGAAGAAGCUGCCAGGGUGCACCCACCUAUGGAGGAAUCAGAAAUGAUCACUUACUUCAUUCAAGCUCAAGAAUCAGAAUACUAUGAGCGAAUGGUGACUAUGGGUGGAAAGACAUUUGCUGAAGUUAUUAAGGCUGGAGAAAUGAUCGAGGACGGUCUCAAAACUGGCAGAAUAAGGAGUUACGCCUCAUCUCAAUUUGCUAAUAGAACCUAUCAAACUGGUUCUUUUGGAAAGAAAAAGGAUAAAGAAGUUAUGAUGAUAACGACCCGAGGAGCUGCAUCAUAUAACCGUCAACCACCUCCAGGCUAUCCUAAUUCACAAUACUAUGUUUGCAACAAUCAAGCAACAUUUCGUUCUCCACGACCAAUGCAAAAUCUUCGAAACAAUGCACCUCGUCCUAAUUUUGAGAAAAAACCUGAUAGAGUCUUCACUCAAUUGAGCGAGACACGGAGUCAACUUUUUGAGAGACUGAAAGAGGCGGGAAUACUUCAUCCAGUGGAAGCCAAGAUUGUGAAUACUUCAGCCGAGUGGUAUGACCCAAGUAAGCGUUGUGCUUAUCAUUCAGGGGUUGUUGGUCAUGAUACCGAGAAGUGUAUCACUCUCAAACACAAAAUUCAAGAUCUAAUUGACAAUGAGGUGGUAAAACUCGCUCAAGCUCCAUCGAGUGUGAAUACAAAUUCGUUACCCAAGCAUAAGGGGUAG